UAUCAAAUAUCGAUCUUUCUAUCGACUAAAUAUUAAUAAAUUGAUAUUAACAUUUGAUAGGUUGCUGAUCAAUAUUUAGUCGAAAUUUAUUAAUAUUUGAUAAAAUUUUAUCAACUAUUGAUAUGUGAAAUUUAUAUAUAGUAUUAAUAAGUGUGGUGGCGUUGUACCCUCUAACCUAACAUAUUGCCUUGCAUCCGCGUCACAAGUUAAUAAAUUGUUUUUAUGCUUGUCGGAAUAAUUAAAAGAAAUAAAAUAAAGUGUCAUGGAAGAAUUAUUAAAAAAGUGGGACUUGCUAAAAUUACUUCCAAUUUUGAAUGAGUCUAAAUAGUUUUGGCGCUCAACCAUCAAUAUCAACUCAAUCGAUUGAUCUCAAUGAGACUGAUAUAAUACUCGGAGAAAAUGAGCAAGAAAUAUUAUUAAAUAUCAAUAGUGUACUAAGUGAAAAUAUUCCUGAAUCUUCUGUUUACGAUAAGCCAUCAAAAAAGCAAAAAAUUUCAGAAGUGUUAUUCUUCGAUAUUCAUGAGAUAUUGAAUGAUCACCCAUUAGGGCCAUCAGUUCUGUCUUAUUAUAAAGCUUUUUCGGAGUUGGAGAACAGAAUCCAAGGUCGUUUAUGUGAAAUCGUCAGUUUAUUUUAUAUUCGGCGUUAUGGAAUGACACUAACAAAUGAAGAUCUUGAAAAAAUUGCACGAGAUAUUGUUUCAAAAUUUAAUAACGAGUGUUUGGAAUCUUAUUAUGUUGCUCCAAUAAAAAGAAAGGACUUUCAGACUACCAAGUAUAUUGGAGCAAAAGGAAAAUUAGUGAACGCAUAUAAAUAUAAUUGCACUAUUAUCCGUGAAGGUCAGCAUUGGAAAUCGCUUUGUGAAGUUCCUUCAGAUUCAAAACCUAAGGAUUCACAACUAGAUCAUAUCGAAAAAACAGAACCUGAGAAAAGUAAAACUUGGCUAAUAAACAAUCGAGAUAUCGAGGAUGUUUUAAAGCAUUGGGAUAUUUCAUAUGCUUUACGAGAAAAUGAAAUCGAGUCGAAUCAAUUUCAAACGGUUACUGAUAUUUAUAAUGACUGGCCAAUUCUAAAAGAUAGUAUUGGAUAUCAGCUGAUUGAAAGAGACUUCGUAAAAAAAUUUGGUGAUAAUAAUACAUUUGGUGACAACUGGCAAUCGCUGUUUGAUAAAACAAUAAGUUUAUAUCGUACCAAGUUAAGAGAGUCAGAAACUAAGAACUUAGAAUUACUGGAGAGACAGCCAAAUUUAACUGAAAACGCUAAGUCGCUCUUGCAAAUUAAAAUUUUAUCAAGUGUACUAUGUUCGAAAUCCAAAACAGUCAGCAUCAAAUCAACAGCGAAUAAAGGAAAGAAAAAAAACGUUUGGAAACCAGAUCUAGAAGAAACACGAGAUGGAAUUUUUAUUCAUGUUCCAAUGCCUGGAGCAAUUGAAACAAAAGUGCGUGCGAAAAAUGAAAAAAUGUUAAAAAUGGGAUUACCAGUUCAGCCUUUUAUGAUUAUUGUUGGAAAGGAUUCAAUGUCAAUUGAUGCAUGUUAUGUGCGAGUAGAUAACGUCCAAUACGAAAUCAAAUCAAUACUCAAUUGUCUCAAUACUUUAUUAAAAGUAUUUUUGACAUUUAAAGUUUCAUACCCUGUUGAAAGUGAAACAUUUUGGUACUUUAUUCAGUGGGGUGUUUAUAAUAUUCAUACUUCGUGUGAUAUCAAAAUACCCUUCAUUUGUGAUUUAUUCAAUAAGCUAAAGCGGCGCUAAAAUGAAGUGCAAUAUUUGUUCUA